UGUAAGCUAAUUGCCUAAAAACAACAAAAAAUAUUAUAAAAAUUAUUAAAUUUUUCUGUUAUUUGUUUUGCUUUUUCACAAAUAAUAAUAGGUAAGAAUUUUUUUAAAUUUCAAAUAGCUUUCCACGCCAUCUACAGGGUUCAACCCAUAGAAUCCGUUCCGUCGAAGUUUUCAACUGACAGCUCGAUAAAAUACACGCAUUCUUAUGGAAAGCAACCCAUAAGCGAAGGAUCGAACGGAGACCGACGCACAGUGUGGGAUUUCGCGAAUUUAGCGGAAUUUAAUUCGAAAAAUGACUUGUCUUGUUUGAUGCCACAACCGGUUUUUCUUAAAGCUAAUAGAUUGUAAAAAGUGAUAACAAAAGCAUUGAUAGGUGGGGAUCAUGUAAACAAAAAAAAAAAUAGCUUCGAAGUUGCAGUUGCCGAUUUUUUGUCUGCUUAUUUUGUGAAAGAGAUUACUUUGCUCUUCAUUUUUUCUCGUGCGUUUGGUGUGUGUUUUAAUAAAAGUUUUAUUUUUUUUAUAUUUUCUAGAUAUCAAGGUAUAAUUAUGUGAGUAAUUUUUUAUUUCACAGGGUGUUUUACUUUUUUGUUUUGGUGAUUGAAGUUAAAAAAAUGAGUUUUUUUUUUCGAUUUUUGUACCUUUGUUAGAGCAGAACUUUAGUUAUCCCGCGUUAUUCCGCUUAGAUACAAUCAGCCGUAUUUAUUAGAUUUGCUUAAAUUGGUUCUCAAAGGUUGUUUAGUUAAGCUUGCUUAAAUAUUUAGGCAGCCUUUAAGCAACGUUAAUUAAAUUUGGAUUUAUAAUCUUUUUUUCUUUGAUGCUUAACUAAACACGGGAAAUGUCAAAAAACGUAAGCGAAUUACAAAUCUAGUACAAAAAAAUACCUUUACAUUGCACUUUUUGACAUUUGCAACAAAUAUAAUUCAAAAUUUGUUUUCAAAGAAAAAAAGCUUUGGAAUCUAAACGAAAAAGAUCUGAAAAUUGGGACUCUUCCGACAAGACUCUCCUAAAACAGCUGAUAGAGGAAAAAAUAGCCAUAAUCGAAGAUAAAUGUGUCGAUACAAACACUUCCAAAAAGAAACGAGAAGCUUGGCAGGAAAUCCUAUCGUCUUUCAAUAAAUGUAGCUCCAGCGUUCGGGAUGUUGCACAAAUCCAAUGCCAAUGGCGCAACACCAAAAUGCAGGCAAAAAAGAGAUGCUCCAAUUAUAAGCGAGAGAGAGGGGCAACAGGAGGUGGUCCCCCUCCUGCACCACCAGAUCAUGAGGAUGACCAUUUAAUGUCUUUACCUUUACAUUGCACUUUUUGACAUUUGCAACAAAUAUAAUUCAAAAAUUUGCUUAACUAAACACGGGAAAUGUCAAAAAACGUAAGCGAAUUACAAAUCUAGUACAAAAAAAUACCUUUACAUUGCACUUUUUGACAUUUGCAACAAAUAUAAUUCAAAAAUUUGUUUUCAAAGAAAAAAAGCUAUGGAAUCUAAACGAAAAAGAUCUGAAAAUUGGGACUCUUCCGACAAGGUAACAUUGCAUGUAUUUAGAAUUCAUAAAAUCAAUAUAAUAAAGAAUUAUUUCCAGACUCUCCUAAAACAGCUGAUAGAGGAAAAAAUAGCCAUAAUCGAAGAUAAAUGUGUCGAUACAAACACUUCCAAGAAGAAACGAGAAGCUUGGCAGGAAAUCCUAUCGUCUUUCAAUAAAUGUAGCUCCAGCGUUCGGGAUGUUGCACAAAUCCAAUGCCAAUGGCGCAACACCAAAAUGCAGGCAAAAAAGAGAUGCUCCAAUUAUAAGCGAGAGAGAGGGGCAACAGGAGGUGGUCCCCCUCCUGCACCACCAGAUCAUGAGGAUGACCAUUUAAUGUCUUUGAUCCCCGAUGAAUUUGCAGUGGAUCACAAUAAUUUUGAUUGCGAUGGGAAAGAAAACAACGAUAGUUUUGCUGAAAUCGCUGAGGAUAUUGAAUUUAUCCUCGAAGACAUCAACGAAAUAAAUCCUGCAGAUAAACCAAAGGCACCAGAGAUACAAACGAAAAAUUCUUCGGACGGAAUCAAGACUUCCACAAAGUUUAAAAGAACAAGGAGCAAAAAAACCGAAAACUCAAUGGUACAUUUCUAAUUUUAAAAUAUACAGUGCCCACGUUCUGUAACUUAGUCGAGAACUUCUCGCAUCGAAAAAUUGUGAAACAAAAAUUCCAUACGUUUCUCUAUUUGGAAAAAUAACCUGUGUCUGUAUCUCGAUGUGAGAAUCAACCCUAUAAAUUUUUUAUUCCAUUGGAAUUAUUGGAAACUGUCAAAAAAAGGGAAAAUAUUUUUACAUUUGGCCAUCAAAUGUUAUAUAAACAUAGUUUUACCAAAAUAUCCCAAGGCUCGGUAGUCCGUAGGUAUAGCAGUCGGUCACCGAGUGGAGGGUACCGAGUUCAAGUCACGGUUGGGUCAUGAAAUUUCUUCUUUUUUUUUUCUUUAAUAUUCUUUUUUUUAUUUUAAAAAUUUAAAUGAUACAAAAAUUAAUAACCGUGAACACUUUUUCAGAAGUAACAUCUCAGAUUUAAUGCAAGAUUAUCAAAUUUUUUUCAAAUAUCUUACUUUCUCGCAUCCUUUUUGCUUGUGAGUAAUUUUGGCAGUUCAAUCGAGAAAUUAUCUCGAUAAUUUUCUUACAGACACAGUUUUAUUCACAUUUUUCCAGUCUGUCAAGCAUUUUCAUUCAGAAAUGUUUCAAGGCGAGAAAAUUUUGCUUAUAGAAACAAACGAAUGUGAGAAAAUGAUUUUUGUGUCGAUUCACAUUAUUUUUGUUCCGAUUUGCGUGUUUCAUGCGAGUAAUUUCUCGAUGCGAGAGUUACAGAACGUAGGCACUGAGCUUACACGAAAUUGAUUCGAAUUUCCAAGCGGACACAUUUAUAUACAUGAAAGCUUAACCACCGAAAUCGAGAACUUCUUCGCAAUGCAAUUGAAAUGAAAAGAAAACACCAUCUAUUCUCUGCUUUUACCGCCAGUGGCCUUGUAUAUGUUACAAUUCACAAAAAUGAACCACCUGUAUGCUUUAGAAGCUUAAAAGAACUAUACGAAAUAAACUCUGCACACUCAAACAACAACAACAAUAACAUUAACUCUGACCUUCAAUCAUCGCAGCUUAUUAUGCAGGAACAUGAUAAUAGCCCUGUUCCAUUGGAGGUGGUUGUUUACUACUAGUAGAUGUUUUGGUUAAUCUAGUACUAUCAUCUACUCAUGCUCUUCUUCCCGAGUAGAUACGAUUUGUAUUGAAUUCGUUGAAAGUGCGUUCCAUUGAAAAUUGCUAGUUAACUACUUGUAGUACUUUGCAACCUCCCAAAGGAACAAGGCUAAUGAUAACACAUAAAAACAAAAACUAUGACUAUGCUAAUU